CCCUCACGCCAAUCCAUGAAAAUGCUUUGGAAACUGACGGAUAAUAUCAAGUAUGAGGAAUGUGAGGAGCGCCACGACAGUACCAGCAACGGGACGGCGCGGCUGCCGCAGCUGGGGACUGUGGGCCAGUCGCCCUACACCAGCGCCCCGCCGCUCUCGCACACCCCCAACGCCGACUUCCAGCCGCCCUACUUCCCCCCGCCCUACCAGCCCAUCUACCCGCAGUCCCAGGACCCCUACUCCCACGUCAACGACCCCUACAGCCUCAACCCGCUGCACGCCCAGCCGCAGCCGCAGCACCCGGGCUGGCCGGGCCAGAGGCAGAGCCAGGAGCCGGGGCUGCUGCACACGCACCGCGCCUUGCCGCCGCAGCUCUCCGGCCUCGACCCGCGCCGCGACUACCGGCGCCACGAGGAGCUGCUGCACGGCCCCCACGGGCUGGGCGCCGCGCUGCCCGACCUGCCCCUCCACGCCAUCCCCCACGCCAUCGACGACGUGCCGCACGUAGAAGACCCCGGCAUUAACAUCCCAGACCAAACUGUAAUUAAGAAAGGCCCCGUGUCCCUCUCCAAGUCUAACAACAACGCCGUCUCCUCCAUCCCCAUCAACAAGGACACGCUCUUCGGCGGGGUGGUGAACCCCAACGAGGUCUUCUGCUCGGUGCCGGGCCGCCUCUCGCUGCUCAGCUCCACCUCCAAGUACAAGGUCACGGUGGCGGAAGUGCAGAGACGCCUCUCGCCGCCCGAGUGCCUCAACGCCUCCCUGCUGGGCGGAGUGCUCCGGAGGGCGAAGUCUAAAAAUGGAGGGAGAUCUUUGAGAGAAAAACUGGACAAAAUAGGAUUAAACCUGCCAGCCGGGCGACGCAAAGCUGCUAAUGUUACCUUACUCACAUCGCUAGUGGAGGGAGAAGCAGUACAUCUAGCUAGAGAUUUUGGGUACGUUUGUGAGACAGAAUUUCCUGCCAAAGCAGUAGCUGAAUUUCUCAACCGACAACAUUCCGAUCCAAACGAGCAAGUCACAAGAAAAAACAUGCUUCUAGCUACAAAACAGAUCUGUAAAGAGUUCACCGACCUGCUGGCUCAGGACCGAUCUCCCCUGGGGAACUCGCGGCCCAACCCCAUUUUGGAGCCGGGCAUCCAGAGCUGCCUGACCCACUUCAACCUCAUCUCACACGGCUUCGGGAGCCCGGCAGUGUGCGCUGCAGUCACUGCCCUGCAGAACUAUCUCACCGAGGCGCUCAAGGCCAUGGACAAAAUGUACCUCAGCAACAAUCCUAACAGCCACACAGACAACAGCACCAAAAGCGGCGACAAAGAGGAGAAGCACCGAAAGUGA